AUGUCAACACCACCGCCCGCUCCGUCGCGAAACGACCGCAAAGCCUGUUGGGCAGCGCGAGACGAGUUCUUCCAAUGUCUCAACGCCAACGGCGUCAAUGUCCCUCCAGAGUUUCAGCCGCGUGGACAAGGAGCUUGUGCAAAGCAGAGGGAGGCUUACGAGGGAGCUUGCGCAAAGAGCUGGGUCGAAUACUUCAACAAGCGACGGGUAUUAGAGAUCAGGCAGCAGAUCACGUUGGACGCUCAACAGGCGGAUCGGGAUGCUAGGGACAGGGUAUAUGAAGCCAAGCAAAAAUGA